ACGCCCGUCUCAGCCAACAGUUCCGUUCUCCAGGGCGGCUGCCGCGGCCCGUUAGCCCGUUGUCCUGGCGAUGGCUGCUGGCCUUGACCUCUGAGUUACUGGCCUGAUGGCUCCCACUCUUACCGAGGCUCGCGGGUCGAGUCUGGCCACCCAGCUGGCCUUCUGUGGCCACGGCUUCUAGGCCUCAGGCACGUGGAUGUCAUGUGGCCUGUGCUUUGGACCGUGGUGCGCACUUACGCUCCCUAUGUCACAUUUCCUGUGGCCUUCGUGGUUGGGGCUGUGGGCUACCACCUGGAAUGGUUCAUCAGGGGAAAGGAUCCCCAGCCUGUGGAGGAGGAGAAGAGCAUCUCCGAGCGUCGGGAGGAGCGCAAGUUGGAUGAGCUGCUAGGCAAGGACCACACCCAGGUGGUGAGCCUUAAGGACAAGCUCGAAUUUGCCCCUAAAGCUGUCCUAAACAGAAACCGCCCGGAGAAGAAUUGAUAGAAGACACGGGGCCAUAUAGGUCCUUCUGUAGGCUGUGACAGUCCUGCCACCAUGUUGACUCAGCUCCAGAACCCACAUCUGAUUAGCUUUGUUGCUUAUUCUGGCCCCUUCGGCACCACCCAGCCACACACAAACUGGCUGCUGUUCUGUGGUCAGGAAGACACACUGGCAGCUGAAGGGCCAGGUGAAGAGGAAGGCCCUGCAGGGGUCUGGCCUGCAGGCUGCAUCUGUUGUAUGCUGGCCACAACUGCCUGGGCUCCUGGGCUUCUGGGCGCACUGCUGGAAGUAGUGUUACGAAAUGAACAUUGGCUGUCUGUCUCUGCGGGGAGGCAGUUUGGCUUCAAGCAGAAGUGCAUGGGAUUGGGGUGUUGCCGUAGGAGAGACACCACACGUCUAGUUCCCGUUUGCAUUGGAAGAAUUCAGAUAUCUACCUGGCUCCCUUCACUCGUUUGCCCUGUCUUUUUGUGCUUGCUCUUUCUGAAACCCUGUCCUGCCAGCUCAGGGAGGGGGUUCCCUUGGGAAGGAGAGCACGUUACUGUUCUUGGCGGCCCAGGCUCUUCACCUCCAGGCAGGUGAAUUUGCCCGAACAUCACCAUCGUUCACCUCCCAUCACUGUGUAGCGCAAAACGUGAUUAAAGUGGCAUCUGAGAACCAUAA